UAAAAAAGGGGAAACCCAACGAACGGUGUUGAUAAAACCUCGGUCUCUCAUCAGAUCUGAACUGAGUCGACUCAUCUUUGCUUUCUUCUCCAACGUCCGAUUGUCCCUUGAAAUCCAAUCUCUCUCACUCCCGCCCUUUUCCUUUUUUAAUUCUCUUUUUAUUCAUUUAAUCCGCCCCAGGAUCCUCUCUAUGGCGGCGGCACAGGUACCAGCGACUUCUGGCGGCGGAAGUCACGACAGCGGCGGCGAGCAGAGCCCCAGAUCCAACAACGUGCGAGAACAGGAGAGAUUCCUUCCUAUCGCUAACAUUAGCCGUAUCAUGAAGAAAGCUCUUCCUGCUAACGCCAAGGUAGCUAAAGACGCUAAGGAGACAGUACAGGAGACAGUAUCGGAGUUCAUCAGCUUCAUCACUAGCGAAGCCAGCGACAAGUGUCAGAAGGAGAAGAGGAAGACAAUUAAUGGGGAUGAUCUGCUCUGGGCUAUGGCAACGUUAGGGUUUGAAGAUUACAUCGAUCCACUUAAGAUUUAUCUUGCCAAAUAUAGAGAGAUGGAGGGUGAUACAAAGGGUUCAGCAAAAGGUGGAGAUACAUUUGCUAAGAAAGAAGUCCAACCAGGCUCAAAUGCCCAGCUUGCACAUCAAGGUUCGUUCUCACAAGGUGUUUAUUAUGGGAAUUCACAAUCUCAAUCACAGGCACAUAUGAUGGCUUCUGAUGCAAGGCAAUGAGUGAGAGACAAAUCCUACUUAAGCCAACUGCAUCAUCGAAAACGCAUUGUCAUGUUUCAAUGCCGAAACAAUCAGUACCAAAGUAUUCUGAUGUGAAAAGCUGAUAUUUUGGAUGGUUCACAUCGUCUUAUCGUGUAAGCUAUUGUUACCCUUUUUCCAGUAAUGUUUGCAUAUCGGUUAUUUGGGAUAGAUUCAGUCAUCAAAGAAAUGGUGUAAAUGUUGGAAUAGUAUUAUUGUAGAAUUGAGUUAUGGGGGAUGAUGUUAUUUAGGAAACUUGGUGUGUUCCUAUUCAUCCUAUUUUUAUAACCGAACGAUGCAAGGUUCGAGUACAAUAUACAAUAUUAUUAUUUAUUUGAUGCUGAUUUUACUCUCUCAGGUAUUAUUAUUA